AUGGGAAACGUCAUGGACUCUGCUGGUCGUUGGAAGGGAGCCUUAGAGGCUUUUGAGGAGGCUUACAGGAUUGCUUCUGAAGCUAGCAUUGCUUCUGCUCAGUUGUCUGCUCUGAAAAACAUGCACUACAGCUACAUGAUCAGAUAUGACGAAGAUGAGAAAGCCAGGAUGCUGCAAAUUUCAAUUAAUAAUCUAAAGCAUUCAACAAAGGAGAAAAAAGGAGCAGCGAAUAUUUGUUCUGAAACUGAAGAAAAGAUUGAAAGCCAGUCAUCAGGCCGGAAUGAAGUUAGCAAUUCUUCAGAUGGAAGUCUCCCAAAUUCCUCGAGAUCAAAUUCUCAUUCAUGUCCAGCUGACUUGAAUGAAGAUGCUCCUUUAAUAUCACUUCUGCAUCAUGGUAAGAAGGGGACAAAGUUCAGCACUGUCAAUCAAGCAGCUAUUAGGGAUUCUAUCAAGCUACCUGCAUAUUCACCGAAGAGUGAUUCAACAUCUGCUGGUAUUCAGGCAGUUGGUUGUAAACGACGUCGUGCUGUUCCUACUGAUUGUCAAGAAGAGGAAAAUCGUGCAGCGAGACGACCAGUUAAUUUCUUCCAUGAGGACGAGGCUGCUGCCUCAACUGCAUUGCAGAACAGCCAGGAACAAUAUGAGAUUCAGGAAGAAAGCAGCUGUGCCCACAGGCCAAGAACUUCUGCACCAGUUGGUCAAGAUGCUGCAGAAUUCAGAUGUUCAAACAACCAUGAAUCUGAAAAUACAAAAUGUGGUGCAAAUGCCUCUGAAAAUAUGAUCUGCGAAUACAAAACAUCUGACGUUAAUGUUCUUCCUAGUUCAGAUGAAAGUUGUAGUAUAACCAUCAAGAUGGAGGGGGACUUUGUACAUUUAUCGCAAGACUCAUUCUUGAUAGGGGAUAAAGUCAGCAUAGAGGAGAUGAAGGUUAUAGUAGCAUGUUUGUACCACCUACAACUGCCUUCUAAGAAGAGAGAAUCAGGUCUGGUCCCUGUGGUUAAAGAUAUAAAAUAUGACGGUAGGACCCUACAAACUCUGGAAGCCACUGAUUUAUUGAAAAAUCACCAAUUUUCAAGAGGCCUGAUGGAAGGUUCAGUGGGAGCAUGGGUAUCAAAGCCAGUAAUGAAGAACUAUAUUGACUGCUGCAAGGAGCUUUCUGUCCAUCCCAGCCUGAAAGUCCUGAAGAACUUGUACAGUCUUGAGGUUUCAGAAUUAUAG